GACAGGCAAAGGGUCUCUAACUUAGACUAAAGAAAAGAGUUUGUGGAUCAGAGUAAUGGGAGUGGGUUUCCUCGGAACUUGGGGACAGAGCUUAAAUCAAGCAAUUCGAUGAGUGAUGGGAGUGAGAAUCAACAGUGAAACCCCCUACAGUGGAGUAAAACCUGAUAUUCAACCCUGAUGGAUCAGAUUUAAUUAAAGAUAAAGGUAGGUACUUUCUGCAGCCGGAUUCCGUGAGUAGCAGGCAUUUCAGCAUCUGUCAGGAGUAUGAUGAAAGAUGACGUGCCAGGAUCUGGGAUCCAGGAUUCCACCAAGCCCCUUGACACCCAGCAACAUUUUGCUAUACCUGGUACAGGAAUUCAGUCGCUGCUGCCUAAUGGAGACUCUGCGUCCCCCACCUCGGAAGAGGUCACCAAACUGUAUAAAAAGCGCUGGGUGAUUGUCUUUCUCUUUAGUGCCUACUCAUUGUGUAAUGCAUUCCAGUGGCUGCAGUAUGGGAUUAUCAGCAACAUUUUUAUCCAGUAUUAUGAUGUGAGCAGCCUGACCAUAGACUGGCUGUCCAUGGCUUAUAUGAUAACCUACAUCCCUCUUCUCUUCCCUGUGGCCUGGCUUCUUGACAUACGUGGGCUCCGUGUCAUUGCACUGAUUGGUUCUGGUCUAAAUUGCCUGGGUGCAUGGAUAAAGACUGGCAGUGCCAGGCCAGACUUGUAUGGCGUGACACUAUGUGGACAGUUGGUGUGUGCUGUGGGUCAGGUUUUUAUUCUAGGGAUGCCAUCUCGUAUCGCCUCAGUCUGGUUCAGCACAUCUGAAGUGUCAACAGCAUGUUCCAUUGGGGUGUUUGGAAACCAGCUAGGUGUAGCAGUCGGCUUUCUCCUACCCCCUGUUCUGAUUCCCAACAUUGAAGACAAAGCUCUCCUUUCUCAUCAUAUUAGUAUCAUGUUCUAUGGCACGGCAGCCAUAGCCAGUGUUCUCUUCAUCCUGGUGAUUUUUGUUUUUCAGGAUUCCCCUCCGAAGCCGCCAUCUCUGGCGCAGGCCAUGUUGCAGAAUACUCCUGAGAGUGAUUAUUCGUACAAGCGGUCCAUCCUGCGCUUACUCAGAAACCGCAACUUUAUUCUUUUGGUUGUUUCUUAUGGUUUAAACACUGGCGCGUUCUAUUCCUUAUCCACAUUGCUGAACAGGAUGAUAACUGAACAUUAUCCGGGAGAGGAAGUGAACGCGGGGCGGAUUGGUUUGACAAUCACCGUGGCUGGAAUGGGUGGAGCACUGAUCACCGGUCUCUGGCUCGAUAGAACAAAGACCUACAGGCAGACAACGCUCGGUGUGUACAUUCUGUCCGUGAUUGGGAUGGUUAUCUUCACGUUUAUCUUGAAUCUUGGGAAGCUCUGGGCUGUGUUUAUCACAGCUGGAACCCUGGGGUUCUUUAUGACUGGGUAUCUCCCUCUCGGAUUUGAGUUUGCUGCGGAGCUAACUCACCCAGAAUGUGAGGGAACGUCGUCCGGAUUGCUCAACGUGUCAGCGCAGGUGUUUGGUCUGAUCUUCACGAUGAUCCAAGGACAGAUCCUGGAGUCAUUUGGGGUUCUCCCCGGAAAUCUGUUCCUGUGUAGCUUUUUACUGGUUGGCGCAGUGAUUACAGCAUUUAUUAAAGCAGACCUGCGCCGACAGAGAGCCAAUCAGGAGGCAGCUCGAAAUCCCCUGGCAGCAGACUGGGCACGUGGUGUUGGUUACGGAUCGGCAUGAUAGCGCUGCCUGUUGGGUGACCACAGAGGGUUUUCCAUGAACGACCCCGAUCCGGGUACAAUGAGGACCAGAACCUUAUUUAUAACUCUCACUGCAUUUGGGCUCCUCCAGCCACCUCA